AUGACAGACAUAUCCAAACUCUUGACUGAAUAUACUCCCAGACUCAAGGAAGUUCUUGCAGAGGCAGACCUAGAAGUCCUUUCCAUUCGAAAGUUACGAACCCAAGCUGAAAGCGAACUCAAGGUUGAUUUGACCGAAUACAAAAAUGCAUUUCAAGAGCUGGUUAUGAGUCUAACCCAAGACGUCAGUUGUAAUGCUUCAAGCAAGGAAAACAAUACGCAGGUCGAUACUAUGGAUGAAUCACUUGACAACUCCAAAACUGAUACUGAUGACGAUAAAACCGAUGAUGAUGCGAUUGUGGAAAUUAAAAGCAAUAUUAAAUCUAGACGAAAUAUCCGACAACAUUUGUUCGGAACCAGUAAUUCUCUUGCUCAACUUUUGGGCACAACCGAUCCUAUUUCUCGAAUAGACCUUAAUAAACAACUAUGGCACUAUAUCAAAGAACACAAUCUUCAAGACCCAAUCGACAGGCGAUUCAUUUUGUGUGAUGAAAAGCUAAAGGCGGUGAUGAAAUCAAAACGAGUCAACAUGUUUAGCAUGAACAAGAAACUUUCGAAUCACCUAUACAGUGAUUACCAAUUCAUGCACAAAAAAGCAAGCUUGCAAGAACAACCCGUGGUUGAGCCCAAACCACCUAAAAGAAAGCGAGGAUCAGAUAGAUUAAAAUUAGCAGCAGAACUGAGCCCACUCAAUGAACCACGUAUACUGAGUCCUGAAUUUGCAAGCAUUGUUGGUGUAAGUGAGCUUUCUCGAGCACAGGCUCUUAAAGAGAUUUGGCUAUAUAUCAAGGACAAAAAACUGCAAGAUCCAUUGAAUAAGCGAAUGAUUAUUUGCGAUGAAAAGUUUAAAAACAUGUUCAAAGUAGAUCAAUUGGAUAUGUAUCAAAUGAACAGGGGACUUGGAGGGCAUAUGGUCAGAAAGGAAGAAUAUUCAAAGCAACCCAUUUCGGAAUCGCACGUUGAUUAA